UGUUCCAUAACAGUUACGUAAAUGCUCGUUUAGGAAUCGGCACGGAGAAAAUCACGCGCGACAGUUGUAUUCACUCGAAGACACCCAAUUUCGACUACCAAUCGUUAAGCACACAUUUAUUUACUAAAUAACUACGAAAGUAAAUUUUUGAAUUGUUAAUCAAACAGGCGAAGAAGCGUUUUGUUAAUCAGAAUGCGAAUAUCCCUAAGGCAAGACUGCCGCAUGAUUGACCGCUAACUCGUUAAACUUGGAAGUUAAAAAAUUGGAGUUAAGAAGAAUGAUAACGUUAUAAAAAAGAGGAGACGAUACUUUUUCAGGUUCACUUAAAUUGGCAAAGUUUUGGUCGUAAUUAGCCGAGUUGAACGAGGACUCCCCGUAUCCACUUCGAAGAAAAUUUUUUAGUUGCAACUGGAUCUUCCUAAACAACGAUGCAACUGGAUCUUCCUAAACACAUUUAUCACCGAACGUGAAUAACACAUUUAGCAUAUAAUAACAAGAUUGAAAAUGCCGAUAAAAGCGGGAUUGGCCUACAAGUUUUUAUCUAAGAAGUUCGAAAAUCACGGAAGAAUCGUCAACAGAAAUGCCCCCUGGUUCUUGGCUUUUCCCAUUUUCAUUACACUUUUAUUGACUACGGGAAUUCAGAGAUUAAAAAUAAACUUUAGUGACGAUACACUGAUUAGCGAAAUCGGUAUCAUCGGCAAAUAUAAAUCGCUCUUAACCGAGUUGUUUCCCACCGAUUAUUCAGAAUUCUACCCCGAAAAAUCCGUGGAACCACUUUAUUACGGGACUGUAAUCGUCGAGCCAAAAGACAAAGGAUCUGUUUUACGAUCAUCCGUCUUCCAAGAAAUAACGAAGUUAGACAAAAUCAUACGUGAAUUUACCAUUACGGACGAAGGCCGGUGGAAGUACGAAGAUUUGUGCGCUAAAAAUAAGAAAAGGUGUUGGCGGAAUAAAAUCCUUCUUCUCCAAAAGCACAUGGCUCAAAUAGAAAACGGAACAUUUCCACUUAAAUAUCCUAGAAACGACAGCGACGAUAUCAAAGAGGAAGAAUACAAUUUAGUCUCUUUAGGAGGAGUCGCCGUUAAUAAUAAAAGUGAAAUCAUUUCUGCUCGAGCUCUCAGAUUAGUUUAUAUUUUAAACAGUCGGGAUAAAACACGAAAAAGACUGAGCAGAAAAUGGCAGAAGAAUUUUAUCGAUAACAUCGAAAAGCUGAACUUUAGCGACAUAAAUGUGGUCAAAGAUCACUCUUUUUCUUACGAAGAAUCGAAAACGGACAUUUUACUGCUUUCCAGAAAGUACGUGCUCUAUUCUAUGUUAUUAAUGGUACUUUUCGUUAUUGGGACGUGCCUUUCGCCGGAUUUUCUCAGAAGCAAGCCGUGGAUAGGAAUCUUGUCCACGGUUGUUACUGGCAUGAGUGUAAUUUCCGGAAUUGGAUUAUUGAUGUAUUUAGGAAUUGCCAUUACGGUUACGACUGUUAUUGUUCCGUUUCUUGUCUUAGGAAUCGGGAUGGACGAUACGUUUAUUAUGUUAUCGGCUUGGAUGAAAGCAGAAAAGACAAAAUCUGUAGAAGACAAAAUGGCAGAAAUGUUCUCCGAAACGGGUGUUUCUAUAACCAUCACAUCCCUCACCAACAUCACUUCUUUCGUAGUGGGGAUUAUAUUUAAUUCGGUACCCGAAUUUCGAGAGUUCUGCUUAUUCAUGGCAACGUGUUUGACCUUUGACUACAUCUACCAAAUCACGUUUAUCGGAGCUUGUUUUGUGUAUUGUGGAAAAGCUGAAGAAAAGAAUUUACAUUCCUUAUUAUUUCUUCCUUUGAAGAAAUUCUCUUCUACAGUUGCAGGUAGAAAGAGUUUACUGAAAAACAUAUUUUGCUACGUUCAAGCCGAAUCCACCGAUAAAAACAGUCGUUGUUGGCUUAUUAGUAACACGUGGGAAAAUUUCAUCCAAUCUCUGACAACGAAUGUUGCAAAACUUUUUGUAAUAAUAUUGUAUCUCUUGUAUUUAGGGUUCGCAAUUUGGGGCAUUACCAAACUGUCUUUUGAAGCUGAUUUAAAUUUAAACGUCAUCGGGGACACAUAUCGAGAUCGAUAUUAUAGAUUACAGAAACAAUAUUAUUAUCAAUAUCAACACAGGUUACAGUUUAUUAUUCUAGAGAAGCUGGAUUACGCCGAUCCUCUGGUCCAACAGAAAGUAGAAAAAACGAUGCAAACGUUAGAAUCCGAUCCUCUGAUUGGUGGAUCGCUAAUGACGGAAUCCUGGUUGAGAAGUUAUCUUCGGUUUGUCUCGGAUAAGAGAAUAUCUCUGUUGUUCUCUUCGUAUAAUUUGACAAACACCGACGAUUUUAUAUUUGUUCUUAAGAAUUUUUUUCUUCGUAUUCCCGAGGCGAAAAGAUUUAAAAACGACAUUUCGUUCGAUUCAAAUAACAGAGAUAUCGUCGCUUCUCGUUUCUUUCUUCAAACGAAUGUGACUAGAGACGGAAAACAUUUCUAUUCUCAAUUAGUGAAAAUGAAAAGAAAAUUAGAUGAAACUCCAUUGACUGGAAUUAUAUAUAAUUGGAAUUUUUUCUACUUCGAUUUAGUCGAUAUAAUUCCCGUUACGGCUAGCCAAACUUUCUCUGUCGUGUUGGCGGCAAUAUUUGUCGUUUGCGUUAUUCUCUUGCCGAGUUACGUUUCUAUCUUAUGUGUACUGUUAGACAUAGUUUCUGCGGGGAUAGGCGUUCUAGGUUACAUGUCGUACUGUAACAUUAAUGUGAACUUCAACUCUAUUACCGUGUUCAUUAUCGUUAUUGGAUUUUCUGUAGAUAACGCGGCCCACGUGUCGUGUGCUUACGUCUCCUCCAACGAUACCGAUCCUAAUCGUCGUUUAGUUAGGGCCGUAUCUUUGACCGGAAUACCGGUCAUUCAAGGUUGUACCACGACCGUUUUAGCCUUAAUAAUGAAUAUAUUUUUACCUUCGCCCGAAUCGCACGACGCAGUAAUCAUAAUAAGCAUUUCUUGUGCCAUAGCGAUCUUGCACGGAGUGUUAUUUAUUCCCGUCAUCAUGACUCUUUUAAGUUCGAUUGGCAGAAAUUCGUGCAAAAGACAAAAUCGCGAAGACGAGAACGUAAACGAUAUUUUUCCUAAACAAAAAUCUGCUCCGCGUGGAGUGGUAAAUCUGGCAAUGAAAGAAAUCGACGAUAAUUAAGUACGAGACGUUACCUUUUACGUGCAAUCAAAUUAGAACAACGCUAAAGUAUUUGAUAACUGUGCGAAGCGUUCAUUUAAUUACAGUACAGAAUACACGAGUACGCGUGUUCGGUUACUACGCCCCAAUUCGACCAAUUAAAAUUUUUCUAUAGGGUUUAUUGCUAUAAAAAUUUCUUGUUAAGCUUUCACUUUU